AUGAGCCCUUGUCAGGUUAACGAUUCUGUUCUGUUCCGAGGCCUCGACGAUGAAUACAUCCAACCUGAUCAACAUUUGAAACGGAAAUGUCAGUCAUGGAAACAGUCUAUACCCAGAUGGGGUUUGCGCCCCUCUGGAGUACUUUAUGCCCUCGUGGCACCACCGUCCAUGCCCAGAGUAGGGUGUCGCCCAUCUGGAGUACUUUUUGCCCAUGGAGAGGCAUAUGUCAAUGUACAUCAACCAAGAAGAAUGUAUGUGGAGUUGCCAUCAGUUGAAAAGCCGCGUAGGAAGAUCACUGUGGAACUGCCGUCAGCGUACCCGUGGUGGUGCGGCAUUCGUCGAUAUCGUUACCCGCGUCAGUACCAUCUGAGACUUCGUAUCGCGCGCGUCAAAGGAGAUCCUAGGAAAAUACUCCGGCGACAACGGAAGGAAGGGGUUCGAGAGCAGAAGCAGGAAAGGAAGCGCCAAGAGAGGCGCCGCAAGGAAGAUUAUGAGAGCCGACGUCCUGAACGGCGCCGAAAGGGUGCUGCACAGGGUCGAAAGAAAACAAGGUUUCGUUUACUGAAGAAGUUAGUUCGCGCCAAGAGCCCUAAGGAGCAAGAUGUUCUCCAGAGGGAGCUGAAGAGUCUCAAGGAAGAGGAUUUCUGGGGAGAUUACGACGUCAAGCAACCUAGUCACUGGGAAAGUCCAAGCGAUGAGGAGUUGUUAGAAGACUACGAGCGGACCAAGAACCGAUAUUUGCACCACUCUUACCUCCAGUACGAAUCGCAGUAUGGGGUUGUUCUCGACGAGCUUCUUGCGGAUUUUCGUCCUAAUACCAAGCAUCACGCAAUGAAGGAUGUUGUUGGGAUAUGA